AUGUCAAUAAAGUUGGAUCAGCUGGGUUCCCACAUCCGAACAAUCCCUCCAUCCAAAUCCGCUCCAAUCAUCAUCCAUCCGAUUUCGGAGGAUGACGAUGAUGUCGAUGAGAAUGAGGAGGAAAAUAAUGAGAUGAAAUGUGCGCGAAACACCAGCGGCGAGUCAAACACGAGAUCACAUGCUGCACCAUUGAUGCCACUGAUUCUGCACUCACAUGUACCACCAUCAUCACCACUAAUCUCAUCAUCGACAUCAUCGUCGCCACUACAAACAUCGUCAUCACCAGUACCUCUGCCUCCAUCGUCGUCAUCAUCUUCAUCCUCGGUUGGCGGAACAACAAAGCCCCCGUCAGGGGUUCAGAGUUUUUAUAAGCAGAUGGGUUAUAAGCUGAGUUCAUCUUUUUCCUCCUCGUCGUCAUCGUCACCUUCAUUAAUCCUCUACACCAACAAGAUGGCUGAUAAUAAAUUGAAGCAACAACCACAGACACAACAGCAGCCAAAUCUACAACUGCAACAAUGCAAAAUCCAACAACAACAACAGCCGCAGCAGCAUCAGCCAGAGCAGAACACCAACAACAAGACGGUAACGUUGAAGAAGGGUCCUCGUGGCUAUGGAUUCACAUUGAGAGCUAUCAGAGUUUAUAGCGCAAACACGCAGUACUAUACCGUGCAUCAUUUAGUUGUGUCAGUGGAGGCGAACAGUUCAGCAGUUUUUGCGGGGUUGGCAGUGGGGGACCUGAUCACCCACGUCAACGGGACAUCGGUGCAGGGCCUGCUUCAUAUUGAGUUGGUCAGGUUGAUUCUGGCUGGUGGGCAGUCUGUAACUUUCAAGACUGUUCCUAUCACGAGCACCACCAUCAAGCUUGGCAACAAGAAGCAGAUUCAGCCGAAAUUUUCAGGAACCACUUCGCAGUCGCCUAAACUUCCUCAGACGCCAGCAUGCAACGUAAAGGGUCGAUGGACAUCCAAUAGAAUCUCUGACGAUAAGAAGAAAAAAUCUUCCCUCUUUCGCAGGUUGAGCAGCAGGAAAGUUGAGCAACUUGUGUCAUCUCCAGGUCUAAUGUCUCAGCAACAACACCACAUCAGCAACAUGUUCUACCACAGGCCGCUAUCAGCCAGUAGUGGUUACGGAAGUAGUGGUAGUGGCUGCAGUAGUAGAGGAGUAUCUAUUUCAGGUAGUGGUUGCAAUGAUUCUGGGGAGUCAAAUAGUUUUAAUGACAGUUUAGACGUAAGCGAAUGUGGAGGGCAGAAGGAUGAGCUAACAAAAAGCGCUAUCAGAAAUUUGCCACAACAGCGCCAACAACAACAACAGCAGCAGAUGCCUGGUCUUCUGACCAAAAACACUUCAUCAGCAGAUAAAUCGAAACAGCUGCAGCAACUUCACUUUCACAAAAAAAGAGCUUUCGAGUUUCGAUCGAACCAUUGGAAGAAUGUAACUGACUCUCUUGAUUUUUCAUCGAGCAGCUCACCAGCUUCGAGUUCUCCGGGCUCGCCAUUGUUUCACGGAGGCAACUGGUCACAUGAUGCUUCCCGCCAUGUUGAUUGCUGCUCAAAUUCCAACGAAAGACCCAGCUCGUUCUAUGGACUGAAGCACAAGGCCAAGCUGGAUGUCAACAAGGUACACAAGACGUGCUCCUUACAACUGCAGACCUCUCCUGGAUGUGGAGGAUGUCGCAGGAGGUCCUGGCACAACAACCCCCUCUCACCAUUGGUCAAAACACCAAGCACCAACAUUUCACCACAGCUCACAUCACCGUCAAGAAGCCCAAGCCCAUCCAUUGGCAUUUCCAACACAGUUCAGUUUUUCAGUCCACACUCGGUCCAGAAAUCUAACAGUCAAAACGAAGUGAAGAAGGUAGCAGCAGGAGCAUCUUACAACAACGACAAAAAGAAUAAUGGCAGUUGUAAUAACAACAAACAUAACAACAAUAAUAAUAAUAACAGUAAUAAUAAUAAUAAUAAUAAUAAUAAUAAUAAUAAUAAUAAUGAAGGCAAUAAAAGCGUCAACAACAACAAAAUCAACAUUCACCGAAUUUCGAUCACCUCUGAAAACAAAAUAGAAAUUAAAGAGAUACAAAUGAUGGACAACAACAACAACAACAACAAAGAUAUUUUGAAAAGUAAGAAUGAUUGCGACAUAAUUUAUAAAUGCAACGCAAUCAACAAGAUGUCCAACACAGAAUACCGACAAACAACAUCAAGCAAGGAUAAUAAUAAUAAUAAUAAUAAUACUGACAAAAUCACUAAAAUUAGCACUGAUAACACCAAUAAAAAUAACAAUAAUAAUAACAAGUGUGCAGCAGACGCACAGAGAGAAAAACUGAAUCUUUUGAGUGGAGAUGCAGUGGACGACGACGCCAGUGCCGCCAAGAAGAAAGUAACCAUCAUUCCAAUUAGAAUAUUUUCAUCGUCGUCGUCGUCAUCAUUGUCGGUUGUUUCAACGUCACUACCAUUAACGAUGGCGACAAACACAGCGACAACUUCUUCGUUGCCUUCAGCUGCAGCGCUGCUUUCCUCAUCCACACCUUCUUCAUCCUCAUCCUCUUCAUCCUCGUCAUCCACAUCAUCAUCGGCGUCCACACUAGCAACAAGCAAAACAAUUAAACUGCCGUUCAUGAAGAUUAAAUUUCCGACUGCAACUACCAACGCAGCAGUAUGUGCCAAUGAAGAAAAUAACAAGUUGCGAGUGACCGAAGCAACGACUGUUGCAGCAGCAACUGCAGCAGCCACAUCAGCUGCAACGGGAGUCUCAGUUUCAAGCAACACGGGUAUAACUUUGAUAAACAUCACAGCCAAUAUCACCUCAAAUACCACAGCCAGUAUGACGUACGCGACCAAUACCCUCUACCUCCCGAUGGCUACUUCGUCUAAAAAUCAACAACUGUCACCACUCAAAAAAUCAACAUUUCACUUUCCUAAAGUGGAAAAAGUUUUUCCAACGAGUUCCAAAGAAGUUUUCAAGAGCGAGUUUUAA